AAUUCCCAUAUAGAGAAAUGGCAUCACAAGUUUCCCAAAUUCUUGCUGCACCCCAUAAUGCCAUUUCCUCCAAUAUGGAAAAUCGUCCCAAGGCCGAUUUUCACCCUGGCAUUUGGGGAGAUGUGUUCCUCAAUUAUCCUCAUAAGGAUAUUGAUACUACAACUGAGUUACGAUAUGAAGAAUUGAAAGAAGAAGUGAGGAAGAUGCUUUUGGCACCUAUAGAUAAUUCAAACCAAAAGUUACCCCUCAUCGAUGCCAUCCAAAGGUUGGGUGUGAGUUACCAUUUUGAGAAAGAGAUUGAAGAUGAAUUAGAAACAAUAUACCGUGACAACAAUGAUAUUGAGAACGAUCUCUACACAACAGCUCUUCGUUUUCGAUUACUUAGAGAGCAUGGCUUUUAUGUUUCAUGCGAGGUAUUCAACAAGUUCAAAGAUGAGGAAGGAAAUUUCAAGCCAUCCGUGACGAGUGAUGUGCGAGGAUUGUUGGAACUCUACGAAGCUUCCUAUAUGAGAGUGCAUGAGGAAGAUAUACUUGAUGAAGCAAUUUCUUUCACCACUACUCACCUAACUCUUGCAGCAGCAAGUUUACACUAUCCUUUGUCAGAACAGGUUGCUCAUGCCUUAAAGCAGUCAAUCCGAAGAGGCUUGCCAAGGGUAGAGGCUAGGCACUACAUUUCCAUAUACCAAGAUCUUGAAUUUCAAAAUAAGGCACUGCUGGAGUUUGCAAAGAUAGAUUUCAAUUUGGUACAACUUUUGCACAGGAAAGAGCUAAGUGAGAUCUGUAGGUGGUGGAAAGAUUUAGACUUUACAAGAAAGCUACCAUUUGCAAGAGAUAGAGUGGUUGAAGGUUACUUUUGGAUUAUGGGGGUAUACUUUGAGCCCCAAUACUCUCUUGGUAGAAAGAUGUUGACAAAAGUAAUAGCCAUGGCAUCUAUCGUGGAUGAUACAUAUGAUUCUUAUGCAACAUAUGAUGAGCUCAUUCCCUAUACAGAUGCAAUCGAGAGGUGGGAUAUUAAAUGCAUGGAUCAGCUCCCAGAUUACAUGAAAAUAAGCUAUAAGGCUCUAUUAGAUGUUUAUGAAGAAAUGGAACAGCUUUUGGUGGAGCAUGGGCGACAAUACCGGGUCGAGUAUGCAAGAAAGGCGAUGAUACGACUUGCUCAAGCUUACCUUCUGGAGGCCAAAUGGACGCAUCUAAACUACAAACCAACAUUUGAGGAGUUUAGGGCUAAUGCAUUGCCAACCUCUGGCUAUGCCAUGCUUGCUAUUACAGCUUUCGUGGGCAUGGGAGAUGUUAUAACCCCAGAGACCUUUGAAUGGGCAGCCAGUGACCCUAAGAUAAUCAAAGCUUCCACAAUCAUUUGCAGGUUCAUGGAUGAUGUUGCUGAACACAAGUUCAACCACAGGAGAGAGGACGAUUGCUCAGCCAUUGAGUGCUACAUGGAGCAGUACUGUGUAUCAGCAGAAGAGGCAUACGCUGAAUUUAACAAGCAUAUCGAGAGUUCCUGGAAGGAUAUGAAUCAAGAGUUCCUGAAACCAACCGAAAUGCCAGUACCAGUUCUCAAUCGUAGUCUCAACCUAGCAAGGGUUAUGGAUGUACUUUACAGAGAGGGAGAUGGUUACACACAUGUGGGGAAAGCAGCUAAAGGUGGGAUCACUUCGUUGCUGAUUGAUCCAAUCCCGCUUUGAAUUACCUCUUUGGAGCUGAUUCCUAUGGAAUAAAACAAUAAAGUUUGAUCCUCAAGGAAGAGUAAUCGUUGAUAACUUAAUUUGUUUUCUUCUUUUAUACGUAAAAGAAUGCCCAAAUCGACAGUCUUUGUACUUUGACCCUUUUUAAGAUAAUAAAAUUGUUUGCCGCCUUUGUCGUUGUGCGUGUUCUGUUCUUUGAAUUUCUAGUUUCUAUUGUUUUGACUUGGUCUCGUGCUAUGAAUUUAAUAGAUCCAAGCUUCCAUCGAAGUGUAUCUGGGAUGCUAUGCAUAACAAUUGAAACAGAAGGAGUGUCACGGUUUAAGCUUUCUCCAAACGAUAGACCGGUAUUUAAAUGGACGCUCCCACCUAAGUCAACCAACGAUAAUUCGAUAUCUAAACAAGCAAUCAUAAGCCAUAGCUAAUCUCAAGCAUAUACAAGAAAACACAUUCAUAUUGAAAGAACGAAAAACACAUCAAGACAACACUCGAAACUUUCGAAUAAAAGACGUAUGUUAUUAUUAUCGAAAAUAGUACAUCGAGACUUCACAGCAUCGUCGAGGCCAGGGGGUAACCU